AUGGUAGUUGCCGCUCUCCAGCUACAGGGGAAGUGCCAGGAGAUGCGAAUCCACCUCCAAGCCACCUCCGUGGACUUGACGAAAGUCUUCGACACGGUGAAUCACGAGGGACUGUGCCAAAUGAUGCAGAACGACGGUAUGAUGUCACGCGUCACGGACAACGGCGCAAUCUCCGAGGUAUUCGCAGUGACCAGUGGAGUGAAACAGGGCUGUGUACUCGCUCCCACCCUUUUCAGCCUCACGUCCUCUGCCAUUCCGAUCGAUGCCUACCGCGACGAAUGCUCUGUGAUACACAUCGCCUACAGCACUGACGGGCAGCUUUUCACCAGCAGGUGUUUGGAGGCCCGGGCGCGGCUAUCCAAGACCAAGGUCCACGAUCUGCUCUUCGCCGGUGAUUGCGCGCUCAACACCACGCCCGAAGUGGGCAUGUGACGGAGCAUGGAACUCCCAACAUCUGGGUGCGCCAACUCCCGCCUGACAAUCAACACGGACAUAACGGUGGUCAUGCACCAACCGCCACCCAGCACGCAACACCGCAUUCCUCGAAUCACUGUCGACGACCACCAACUCAAGACCGUGGACAAUAUUGCUUUUCUCAGGAUUACACUUUCCAACUGCACCAGAACAACGAUGAGGUUGCCAACCGGAUCACCAAACCCAGCCAAACAUUCGGCCGGCUGCAGAACUCUGUGUGGAAUCGUUACGGCCUCUACCUGAUUACCAAACUGAAGAUGUACAAGGCCGCCGUCCUGAUAACACUUUUCUACAGAGCGGAGACUUCGACCGUCAACUCCAAACAUGCCAAGAAACUCAACAACUUCCAUCGCAGCUGCCUUCGCAAAAUAAUAAAACUCAGAUGGCAGGACAGAUUCCCCAACAUGAAGUCCUAG